UGUAUCGUGCAUAGCAAAGUCAUGAGUUCUUGCUCCACUCCAACAAGAUAUUUCAUUGAAUAAGAUCUGAUAUACAUGGGUCAAGCUUCGCUGGAUGAUUUUAACCUAACCCAACAAAUGGGAAAGGGGAAACAAUAUAAUAUAUUAUCUUCUGCAAAAGAUAGUGAUAGAUGUGAUAAUAUCAAUGAUUCUGAGAAGAAGAUCCCGCGUAAGGAAAUCGAAAGGAGAAGAAGACACGAAAUGUCCAUGCUUAACGCAUCCCUUCGAUCUUUGCUCCCUAUUGAAUAUAUUAAGGGAAAACGUUCAGCGAGUGAUCAUAUAAAUGAGGCCGUCAAUUAUAUUAAAAACCUGGAGAAGAAAAUCCAAGACCUGAGUUUGAAGAGAGAUAGUCUUAAAAAUUAUAACUUUUCAGAGACUCUUGACCAUGGAAAUGCAACUUCUAGUAAAAACUUAACAAAUAGUAGUGUCACCGUCAGCCCUUACUGCGGAGGAGUGGAGAUCGUGAUAAAUAGUGUCCUUGGAGAGGAAGGCUUGCUUCUUUCAAGAGUUCUUGAAGUAGUGCUUGAAGAAGGACUUGAUAUUACUCGCUGUGUUUCUACCCAAACAGAUGAUGGCUUCUUUCAUAAUAUUCAGUCAGAGGUUGAAGAUCUGACAGGUAUUGAUCUAUGUGAGCUGCAACAGAAACUUAAUGAUGUGAUUGUGUCAACUAGCUAGGUAUUUUUUCUGAGUUUGGAUAGCCAUGAUCUAUGGUAGUUUGAUCUCAAAUCCCUGAACUUGGUUGAUUAAUGACCAGUUAUUUUAUGUACCAUAUGAUGUGUUGCAUAUGAAGCUCCAAUCUUUGCCAGUAGUUUAUUUACAUGAACUUCCUCUGGACUGUGAAAAUUGUUGGUGGUUAUAGAACUCUCCGGAAAGUAAUCAAUUUCAGGGCUUUUAUUAGAAGAUUGCUGCAAGUCUAGUUAUUUAAAGGUAAAAUCCAUAUCAAUAGAUUAUCAAGCAUGCAUCAGCAGAGUUUUCCUGCAGCAUAUAUAUGUUUGCUAA